CUCGGCAGCGGGGCACUGACAGCUGCCCCGAGCGGGCACCCGGCGCGGCGCUCCCAUCCCCGGCCGGCGGCUCGCUCCCCGCCGCGGCCCCGCCGCCCCAUGGACCGCCGCCGCCGGGGGGCGGGCGGGAGCGUGCCGCGGCAGUGAGCCCGGCCGGCGGAGUGCGGGGGACGGCCGAGCCCCCGCGCCGCGGGCACCAUGGACAGUAUCCUGGAGCCCUUCCCCGCCGAGCGGCUCUUCCCCGCCGCCGGCACCGGCUUCCUCGACCUCGGCGACUUUAGCGACGCGGACUUCCUCAGCAAUGUGCAUUUCUCAGAGAACCUGGAUCACUUCUCUGACAACAUGGAGGAUUUCUCCAAUGACCUCUUCAGCAGUUUCUUCGAUGACCCAGUACUGGCUGAGAAGAACCCACUGCUGGACAUGGACCUGGAUCCACCCACUCCAGGCAUCCAGGCAGAGCACAGCUACUCCCUCAGUGGAGACUCUGCUCCCCAGAGCCCGCUCGUGCCUGUCAAGACUGAAGAUAAUGCUAACGAGCUGGAGAAUGGAGUGUGGUCACUGGGGCCCAAGCUCUGCUCCAUCAUGGUGAAACAGGAACAGAACCUGGCUCUAGACCUGCCUGAGUCCCAGCUACCUGCCAGCUCCAUACCAGUGCUGAACCUCAACCCUCUGCAGAGACUGCCGGUCCCCGAGGAGACUCCCGUAGAAAUUACUCCAACACCUGUGAUCAAAGCUGAACCCAAAGAGGUGAACCAGUUUCUAAAUGUACCUACAGUAGAUGACCUGGUGCAAAUGCCUCCAACUCCACCCAGCAGCCAUGGCAGUGACAGUGAUGGAUCUCAGAGCCCCCGAUCCCUGCCUCCAUCCAGCCCAGCGCGACCUGCUGCUCGCUCUUCUACUGCCAUCUCCUCCUCACCUCUCCUGACAGCACCACAUAAGUUACAAGGGACCUCUGGCCCGCUGCUCUUGACUGAAGAGGAGAAACGCACCUUGAUUGCUGAGGGCUACCCCAUUCCUACCAAGCUGCCCCUCACGAAAGCAGAGGAGAAAGCACUGAAGAGGGUCAGGAGGAAAAUCAAGAACAAGAUCUCUGCUCAGGAAAGCCGCAGGAAGAAGAAAGAAUAUGUGGAGUGUCUUGAGAAAAAGGUUGAGACAUACACAACAGAAAACAAUGAACUCUGGAAAAAAGUGGAGACCUUAGAAAACGCAAACAGGACUCUGCUCCAGCAGUUACAGAAGCUGCAGGCUCUGGUAGCUGGGAAAGUCUCCAGACCUUACAAAAUGGCUUCCACGCAGACUGGGACCUGCCUAAUGGUGCUGGCACUCUGCUUCGUUCUGAUCCUGGGAUCCCUAAUGCCCUGUCUCCCUGAGUUCUCUUCAGCAUCACAGACAGUGAAAGCAACACCAGCACCAGACAUUUACACAACUAGUAAAAUUCAGUCACGGAGCCUCCUUUUCUAUGAUGAGGGUGCUGGCUCCUUAGAAGAGAGCUAUAGCUCCUUCCUAACCGUGGACCAUCCUGAGGGGUGGGAUGCCGAAAAAGGGCAGCCUGAGGAGGGAACACCUCAUCUGGCCAGGACUCAUGAGACAGCCAAGUAUCUGAGCAAAUCCCAGCUGGAGGGUCCCGACCAGAACCGAACUGACCCAACUCUUGCCCACCUCAAAGAGCAAUUCCAUGAGAGGGAGGCAAGCUCCAGUGAGACAGCAGAAUACUUGUAGCAGCUGCUGGACCUCAAGGCCUCGUCUGUCUGAUUACAGGAUUCCCUCCUCACCAAGCAACUGAGGGGACUUGGCAGGAGAGGACACUGCAUUCAGACACUCCUAAACUGGCCUUGGGUUCAGCUUCUCCCCUUCCCUGUGCCCCUCUGUUAGUACUGGUCUCUCGGGGGGGAGUCGCAGGACUGCCAGAACCAGCAAUAAAUGUCUGGUGAAGCCCUGAGACGCCCUCUUCUCCUGGCCUUACCUCCUGCUUAAAUGAGCACUACCCUAUGGGUGUGGGCUCACCUUGGAGUGGAGGGAGAUCAGGGAAAGCCCCCAAACUAUUCAGCUCACUCCUCAAAGCCUCCAGACCAAGGGGGUUGUCCCCAGACAUGUACCUCUUGACUACAUCAGAUGCACCUGAAGGAGAGAGAGUGAGUGCUGGAUUUACUGUCCUGCCUGGGGGGCUUAGGAGUGGGUGAUUCUGGUGCUAAAGAGAUGGCUCUGGAGAGUUUGAGCUCAUUCCUUCCCCUCCAUCUGUUAGUAUACUUCUGCUUCCAUUGAGAGAAAACCUAGUUCUUCCUUGCUCUAGUUUUCUCUUGAUGGACAUGCCUACAUAACUUCCACACCAACUAUCUGCAAAGAUCUGCACACAAACGGAGUGGGGGAGACAGAUCCCAGACAGAUAAACCACCGUAAAAAUUAGCCAGCAGUUUCUGGGCAACCAGAGCUCUGAAAUAGAGAACAAUUUUCCCCCACAACUCACUUUCCUCCACUCUCAGCACCCUUGCUUUGGCAGGGUUGAUCUUUCCCUUUCUGUUCCCAGCUUGGGCCCUACAGUGCAGUGCUAACCAGGCCAGUGGCCUUCUCACUUUCCAUUCCCCUUUGAGACUGGGCAAGAAAAACCCACUCCUAUAACCUGCUCUCCAUCCCUAAUUCUGCUUCAUGCCAAGUGGUAUCUUUCUAGGAACCAUCAAGGAGAACUCUGCAGCCCACCAGAGGGCUGUCAGAUAGCCACCAUUCCCCUCACAUCCUCCUUGUCCACAGUAGUGUUGUGAAAGCCACGGAGGACAUACUGGCCUCUCUGGUGACAUGUACGUCUGUCAGGAAAUAAGCUGCAUGUUGGAAUAGGCCAGGGUCACCAGAGUCUGUUUUAGGCCUCUUCCUUUUAAAUGCUGGCAUCAAAGGUAGCAAACUCCUGCCACACCACCCUGCAGGCCAGACUUGCCAAGUUUGGUGCUAAAAUGACCUCAUCUCAAGCCUGUGCCAUCCUCUUUAGCACUGAGACACCCAUUUCUGACCCUUCUUCCUCCCCAGCAAAAGCCCUGCUGAAAGGCUCAGGUGUUUCCUUGCUCUGUUCCCUCAGCUGCCAUUUGGUGGAAGAACAGUGUGGGACACGCAUGCCGGAGACCUGGAAUGUGGCAGGUUGCCCCGUAUUUGUAUGUGGGAGCUGCCAUGCACUCUGCCAGGUCUCAUAGCAGGCUCCUCUUUGGCUUGUUUCUCUUCAAGCACCCUGGACUCACAGUGCACUGCCCCAGCCUCUCCUCUCCUCCAGGCUGGGAGCGGAGAGGUCUCCCUGGAGAGGAAGGAUGGGAUGGCUCUUGCUCAAGGACUGGGAGAAGUGAGGGAAGGGCCCUCACAUCCCUCUUUUCUGCCUUUUGAAAACUGGUUUUGCCCCCUGAAGCCAUUUAGGACAAAUUCAGACACAGCCAGCUGCAACCACACGUGUGGCCAGCAGGUUGAGGAAGAAGGCGGCCUUCAGCAUAGCUCUGCUCUUCUCAAGGUUCACCCAGAACCUGCCUGGUCAUCAGAUACCACUGCAUUCCCCAUCGUCCGCCUCCACCCCAGCACAAAGAACCACUGCCGGGUCCAAGCACACCCUCCUCCACCCCAGCACUUCCACUGAGCAUGUCCCCAUGCCUCCCACUCCCACCGUUGUACAGAGACCAAGAGCAGAACUCGUUUGUACAUAAUGAACCUUAUUUUGUAUUAUUGCCGAUCCCUUAAGAUAUUGUAUUUUGGAGUCUCUCAGAUCGUAUUUUCAGUAUUGUAUUUUAUUAAGAAUUAGUGCGGGCUUGGCAUCUAUGAACUUCUUUCUUGUUAGCAGCUCACUUUCCUCUUAUACUCCAGCAGCUGCCUCUUCCCUCCUGUUUUUUGUUUUGUUUUGUUUACAAGCCACCUUUUCCCCUCCUCCUAUCACUUGCUCUGCAUUUGCUUAGUGAAGCAAAAUAAAAAAUAAAAUAAAAAGAUGCAGCAUCA